GGGGAUGGGGAGUGGGGCGUGGGUGACAGGUGAGUGUGUAGGCUUACCUAACGUUCAAGCUUUCCUUCCCAGGUUAAAGCUGGAGGAGAGUUAUGCCUUGGAGUCUUUUCUCUGCAGUUCAAGAAUGACCGGUGUGUUUGAGAAGGCCAAGGCCGACUUUCCCGGAAUGUUCACUACGAAGCACGGCCCCAGGUUGCACACAGCACUCGGCGAGGCCAGCAAGGAAGGCAGCGCUCAGCACCGGUGCCGAGCUUCCUUCUCUCCAUCAGGCGCCGCAAAACCAGCAGCAUUUCCUUCUGCGGCAGGUUCUCUUCUCCAGAAAGAGGUGCUUUCUUUAAACACAGAGAAAGACAUUCAUGAGGAUUUCCGGGCACUUCUCACCGAGCUGAACAAGCCUGGCACUCAGUACUUGCUCAGAACGGCCAACAGGCUCUUUGGAGCGAAGACCUGUGAGUUUCUGUCUAUCUUUAAGGAAGCCUGUCUUUGGUUCUACCACACUGAGCUGGAGCAGCUCUCCUUUGCCAAAGCUGCAGAGCCGUCCAGGAAACAGAUAAACGCUUGGGUCUCAAAAAAGACUGAAGGUAAAAUUCCAGAGUUGUUGCCGGGUAACUCAAUUGAUGCGCAGACCAGGCUGGUUCUCAUCAACACAGUCUACUUCAAAGGAAGGUGGAAUGAGCAAUUCAACGAAGCGUACACAAGGGAGAUGCCUUUUAGAGUAAACCGGAAGGAGCAAAGGCCGGUGCAGAUGAUGUUUCAGGAAGGCACGUUUAGACUCGCGCACAUCGAGGAGGUGCAGGCCCAGGUGCUCGAGCUGCCCUACGCGGGGGAGGAGCUGAGCAUGGUCAUCCUGCUUCCUGACGACCACGUGGCUCUGAGCUCGGUGGAAAAACAUCUCACUUUUGAGAAAUUCCUCGCCUGGACCCACCCAGACUGCAUGAAAAGCACAGAAGUGGAAGUUUUCCUCCCGAGAUUUAAACUGGAAGAGGCUUAUGACCUGGGGUCUGUGCUGCAGGGUCUGGGGGUGGUUGACGCCUUCCAGCAGGGCAGGGCUGACUUCUCGGCCAUGUCAGCCGACAGCGACCUGUGUCUGUCCAGGUUUGCGCACAAGAGUUUGGUGGAGGUGAACGAGGAAGGCACGGAGGCCGCGGCCGCUUUGGCCGUGACAGUGGUGGAGUGUUGCCUGGAGUCUGGACCCAGGUUCUGUGCCGACCGCCCCUUUCUUUUCUUCAUCAGGCACAACAAAGCCAGCAGCAUUCUCUUCUGCGGCAGGCUUUCCUCCCCAUAGGGGAUGCACUCACCGUGCGUGGGAGCUUUCCCCUCUCUGUGUCCCCAAAUCCCACUGCACAGCGCCCGGAGGAUGGGCCUGGGCAGGCUCCCACCCGGCUGAAUGAUCCGCCAGCACAAUCCCUCGCUUCUUCCCCUGCUGACCACUUGUUUGUGCUACUUAAGCAGGAUCGCGGGACAGGAGACCUUAACGAUUCCCUGCUGUAUUUGAGAUGCAGCCCAAACCCCACAGGACGGCAGGCAAAGCGCUCCUCUGUGGCCCCAGACUUACUUCCCGCUCAUUCCAUGUACCAUCCUCUCGAGUUACGCUGUGUUCUCAACUCUGGUCACAUACUUGCCUUAGGCCAUGUCAGCAGUAAUAGAUGCUACUCGCUAUCGCUACCAUUUUAUAGAUUUCCUGGUGCUUGUGCUUUUUAGGAAGUUUCUUUAAUGCUCAUUUUCAUUUUAUCUUUCUUUAACGUUCAUUGGUCACCACGAAUGUUCCAAAUACCGCAUCAGGUGCUGGGGCCGCAAAGGGGUGGAGUCACGGUCCCCUGGCACCUGCCUGCUAGUGCCCAUGCCGGAAUUAGGCAGCUUUGAGGACAACCAGGCUGGACUAGGUGAUGCCCUUAAACUUACCAUGUGACCCCUUGUAGGGAUCACACCUUUCUUCGUGUUACUGUAUUUCUGCACCUCAAACUCUAACGGUAAAAAUUCCAUUCAACCGUUAAAGCUCCAAUGUCUUCUUCUCCGAGAAAUGUUUCCUUUUCUGCGUAACCAGACGUGCGUCUUUGAACUCUCACUGCACCAAGGGAGGGCAUGUCUCUUAUGGUAGUUGCGUUCUCCAGCUAGACUCUAAGUUCUUCAGGGGUUGGGACUGUGUUUUACACAUCAGUGUGCCACUUAUUGUGCACCGAUAAGCAGUUUGAUCUUUGAUGAGCUCUGUGACUU